GCGAGAAGCCCUUGGAAGAUGCGAGAAGCUUAUGGAAGAUACAGGAAGGCUCUUGAAAGAUACAGGAAGGCCUUGGAAGAUGCAGGAAGGCUCUUGAAUAUCCGAAUGCAGUCUCCCAAAUGCAAAGGCGGCGUUGUGCAUAAAUACGCAAUCAAGGACCAACAGAGCAUCGCCACCGGCAUCUGGCUCCUCAAUAUCUAUACUCUAGUCAGGAGUUGCAUACACAUCGGCGACAAUAGCAACAACCACCCAUCUGACGCCAACACCUUAGAAACAUAGCUCACCGCAUUGGUAAGCAAGGCCCUAUUACCCUAGCCCGAACACGUCUAUCUAUUCCACCAGACAGACUACCUGCGAUCACCACCAUUAGCACAAUGGUCUACAACCUCAUGGUCUUCGCGCCGCGCAAGGCUGGCGUCACGCACGAGGAAUUCAAGAUCCGCUAUGAGCAGCACAUGCACCUGGUGGCGGAGAUAUGUGGCGACGCGGCGCCCCUCUCGCACACGAGGUGGUACCCACAACAUGACGGAGCGAGCGACAAGCCGCUCCUGCUAGCGGGCAACGCCGAGGAGAUGUACUACGACGCCAUCGCGCUGAUGGUCUUUGAGGACGAGGCGGCCUUCGGCAGGUUUUGCGACGCCUUGUUGACGGAGGAGGCCAAGGCCAGGAUCGAGGCAGACGAGGCGGGAUUUUUCGACCGGAGCAGGAUGAAGGUCGUGGUAAUUGGGGAUGUUAAGGAAUGGAAGAAGUAAAGGGAUGGGCUGGGCCUUAUUUGUGCUUAGAAUCAAGGAGUGUGAGAGGGAUUUGGGAGGAGAGGUUUUUGGUCUUUUUUUUUUAUGUACUGUACCGAGGUCGCUACCAAAUGAAAUCACCGCCGCCUUUUAAAUACUGGCAGAAUAAAUUCAGUGACUUGCAGAGGACUUGGGCAAUAUGUCCACUAGCAACUAACACCUAUCAAAGUUUGUUAGUGAGGUUCUACUGCCAAAGUCCGCAGGAUUUCCACUUCAGGCGGUUAGCGAUAUCAAUUGGUAGCGACCUCUGUACGGAUUACUUUGGUUGGAGAUAACGUUGGCCGAAGGGUAUUGGCCGAUAUACCAGGGGUAUUGAAAAUAUAAAAAGGGGGUGGCUGGGAGAUAAUUUAAAUGCACCUUUCUUUCUUUGUCC